ACCACCGCCGCAGUCAGCGUCUCCGGCUCCGCCGAAGGCUUCGCCAAGAGCGUCACCGGUGGUGGUGAUGCAACCGCCGUCUACCCCUCCUCCACGGACGAGCUGGUCUCGUAUCUGGGUGACGACGAGGCGCGUGUGAUCGUGCUCUCCAAGACCUUCGACUUCACCGGUACCGAAGGCACGACUACCGGGACUGGCUGUGCGCCUUGGGGCACUGGCUCGGCUUGCCAGCAGGCGAUUAACUCGAAUGACUGGUGUACCAACUACCAGCCUGAUGCGCCUACUGUUGAUGUGAAGUAUGAUAAUGCGGGUACCCUGGGUAUUACUGUUGCUUCGGAUAAGACUAUUUUGGGUGAGGGCUCGAAGGGUAUUAUUAAGGGUAAGGGAUUGCGGAUUGUUAGCGGUGCUUCAAACAUUAUCAUUCAGAACAUCGCUGUCACCGACAUCAACCCCCAGUACGUCUGGGGAGGUGACGGUAUCACCCUGAACGACUGUGACCUUGUCUGGAUUGACCACGUUACCACUGAGCGCAUCGGCCGCCAGCACAUCGUCCUCGGCACCGAGGAAGACAACCGCAUCACCAUCUCCAAUUCCUUCAUCAACGGUGAAUCCGACUACUCCGCCACCUGCGACGGCUACCACUACUGGGGCAUCUACCUCGACGGCAACAACGACCUUGUCACCCUCAAGGGCAACUACAUCUACCACACUAGCGGCCGCUCCCCCAAGGUUCAGGGUAACACGGUUCUGCACGCUGUCAACAACUACUGGCACGAUAACUCUGGCCACGCCUUCGAGAUCGGUGAGGGUGGCUACGUCCUUGCUGAGGGUAACGUUUUCCAGGACGUUACUACCCCUGUCGAGGACCCUGUUGAUGGCCAGCUCUUCACUUCUACUGACGCUAGCUCUAACGCUCAGUGCUCGUCGUACCUUGGUCGGGACUGCGAGGUCAACGGCUUCGGUAACUCUGGUACCUUCAACCAGGACGACACUAGCCUGUUGUCCAAGUUCAAGGGCCAGAACAUUGCUUCUGCUGAUGCUUACUCUAAGGUUGCCUCGAGCGUCACCAGCAACGCUGGCCAGGGACACCUGUAA